AAUCAGCGAAGCCGGGGCCGGCCGCUAAUUGAUGUCCGCGGGAGGUGAAGCUGGCUGGGCGGCUGGCCGCGGACACUCCCUUUCCGCGGGACGGGGCGGGCGGGGAGGGCUGCGGGGCCGCUGGAUGCUGAUGCCGCGCCGCUAUCUCCGCCACCGCGGGAGGAGCCCGGCACCGAGCAGAGCCCGUCGGAACUCGGUCGGCGCCUCCGCCUGUCUGCCGUCUUCACGGAAAGAGCCCCGCGCCGCCUCGGGCAGGACCAUGCCCCGCCAGCUGCUCUCAGGGACCGUGCUGCUGGGAGCCGCCUUCCUGCUCGCAGGAUCGACUUCAGGAUCAAAAUUAAAAGUUCCUGUGCUGAGCGUGAAUGGCAGGCAGCACGUUGUUCAAGCAGGCCAGACUUUAAAUCUCACAUGCAGGGGGGAAAUGCUUCAUUCAUGGUCUUUGCCUGAAACUCUAAGUAAGGACAGCAAACGGCUGAACGUAACUAAGUACGCAUGUGGAAGGAAUGGGACACAGUCCUGCAGCACUCUGACCUUGAGCAGAACUCAAGCAAAUGACACUGGAAGAUAUAGCUGCAGAUACCCAACAAGUCCAGCGAAAAAGAAGAGGGAAUCUACAGUCUAUGUAUUUAUUAAUGAUACAAGCCAUCCAUUUGUAGAGAUGCACAGUGAUAUACCUAAAAUAAUACACAUGACUGUGGGAAAAGAAAUGGUCAUUCCUUGCAGAGUCACAGCACCAAACAUUGCUGUCACGUUAAAAAAGAUUCCCAGAGAAACCCUAAUUCCUGAUGGCAAAACGAUAAUCUGGGACAACAUGAGAGGCUUCAGAAUACCUGAGGCAACCUACAGAUUCAUAGGGCUUCUGAGCUGUGAGACAACCAUCGGUGGGCACAAGUAUAGCACAAAGUACCUAACACACCGAGAGACCAACACAAUUUUUGACAUUAAGUUGAGCACCCCACGCCUUGUCAAGCUGCUGAAGGGAGACAGCCUGGCAAUCAACUGCACUGUCAAGGCAGCCUGGAACACCCGCGUGCAAAUGACGUGGACUUAUCCUGGGGAGGCCAUGAAGAGAGGUUCUGUAACACAGCGCAUAGACCAGAAGAAUAGAGAAGCCAAUAUUUUUUACAGUAUUCUUGUUAUUGACAAAGUUCGUGAUAUUGAUAAAGGCCAGUAUGCCUGCCACGUGAAGAGUGGACCCUCAAACAAAUUAGUCAACACAACAGUCAUAGUUUAUGAUAAGAGAUUCAUUAAUUUAAAACGUCGAAGAAAAACUAUGCUGGAGGCUGUAGCAGGAAGAAAAUCCUAUCGUUUGCCAAUGAAAGUGAAGGCAUUUCCCUCUCCAGAAGUUACAUGGUUAAAAGAUGGGUUGCCUGCUGCUGAAAAGUGUGCCCGGUACAUGGUUAAAAACUAUUCAUUAAUCAUCAAGGAUGUUGCUGAGGAAGAUGCUGGAAACUACACUAUAAUAUUGAGCUUACGACAGUGGAACUUAUCCAAGAAUCUUACAGUCACUCUUAAAGUAAAUGUGAAACCCCAGAUAUAUGAAAAUGCUGUGUCAUCAUUCCCAGAUCCAAAUCUGUAUUUACUGAGCAGCAAACAAGUGCUGACAUGCACCGUGUAUGGUAUUCCUCCGCCAAAAAUUACAUGGAUGUGGUAUCCCUGUAGACAGAACCAUUCUAAAACAAGGCGUGGCUUUUGCUCUCACACUGAUGGAUCUUUCAACCUGAAAACUGGCAGCAACAUAGGAAACAGGAUCCAGAGCAUCAUUGAGCGAACAGCCAUCAUAGAGGGCAAAAACAAGACUGCUAGCACUCUUGUUGUAGCUGAAGCCAGAUCUUCUGGAAUCUACAGCUGCGUGGCAUCCAACAAAGUAGGAAAAGCCGAAAGAAACGUCAGCUUCCUUGUAACAGAUGUACCAAAUGGAUUCCACAUUAGUUUGGAAAAAGUUCCCAUUGAAGGAGAGAAUCUGGUAUUGUCCUGUUCAGCCAACAAAUACAUGUACAAAGACAUUUCUUGGAUUUUACCGAGGACAGUUACUAAUCAAACGAAAGCAAGAAAGGCCCUCAACAAGGAUCACUCCAUCACCCUCACUCUGACCAUCAAGAACGUUUCCCUGGCACACUCAGGCACCUAUACCUGCCGAGCAAGGAACAUAUUCACGGGGAAAGAAGUGCUUCAAAAGAAAGACGUUUCAAUCAGAGCGCAAGAGGCACCAGCUCUGCUGCGGCAGCUUGUGGAUCAGACGGUGAACACCAGUAACUCCGCCAUGCUGGAGUGCCAGGUUCAUGGCAUCCCUGAGCCCCAGAUAACCUGGUUUAAAAAUCACGAGGAAAUACAGCAAGAAUCAGGAAUAAUUUUAGGGCCUGGAAGCCGAAUGCUGUUUAUUGAAAGAGUAAAAGAGGAGGAUGAAGGACUUUACCAGUGCAUAGCCACCAACUUGAAGGGGUCUGUGGAGAGCACAGCAUACGUCACUGUACAAGGCACAGUGGAGAGAUCAAACCUGGAACUGAUAACCCUGACCUGUACCUGUGUGGCUGCAACACUUUUCUGGCUCCUGCUGACCCUCUUCAUCCGCAAACUGAAGAGGCCUUAUUUUUCGGAGACAAAGACGAAUCAUUACCUGUCGAUCAUCAUGGAUCCAGACGAAGUGCCCUUAGAUGAGCAAUGUGAACGUCUGCCUUAUGAUGCCAGCAAGUGGGAGAUUGCACGGGAACGGCUGAAGCUGGGAAAGUCACUCGGACAUGGGGCCUUCGGGAAGGUGGUACAAGCAUCUGCUUUUGGAAUUAAGAAAUCACCAACAUGCAGAAUUGUUGCUGUGAAAAUGCUGAAAGAAGGGGCCACAGCUAGUGAGUACAAAGCACUGAUGACUGAGCUUAAAAUACUGAUCCACAUUGGCCAUCAUCUGAAUAUUGUGAAUUUGCUGGGAGCCUGCACAAAAAAUGGAGGGCCUCUGAUGGUGAUUGUUGAAUACUGCAAGUACGGGAAUUUAUCAAACUAUCUGAAAAGCAAGAGGAAUUUUUUCAGCCCCACCAAGGACCCCACUCUGCAAGGGGAGCUGAUGAAAGACAAAAAGGGUAUCGAGCCAGUGGAGGGCAAGAAACAGAGACUGGCCAGUGUUACCAGCAGUGAGAGCUUUGCGAGCUCUGGGUUUCAGGAAGAUAAAAGUCUGAGUGAUGCGGAGGAGGACGAGGAGGAUGCUGCUGAGCUCUACAAGCUGCCCCUCACUAUGGAGGACCUGAUUUCAUACAGCUUCCAAGUGGCCAGGGGCAUGGAGUUCCUCUCCUCCAGAAAGUGCAUCCAUCGUGACCUGGCAGCCAGAAACAUCCUUUUGUCUGAGAACAAUGUGGUGAAGAUCUGUGAUUUUGGCUUGGCUCGAGACAUUUACAAAGACCCUGAUUAUGUCAGAAAAGGAGAUGCUCGACUUCCUCUCAAGUGGAUGGCUCCAGAAACCAUCUUUGAUAAAGUUUACACCACCCAAAGUGAUGUGUGGUCCUUUGGGGUUCUGCUGUGGGAAAUAUUUUCCUUGGGUGCAUCUCCAUACCCUGGAGUCCAAAUAGACGAGGACUUCUGCAGCAAACUAAAGGAAGGCACAAGGAUGCGGGCCCCAGAGCAAGCCACUGAGGAGAUCUACCAAAUCAUGCUGGACUGCUGGCGGAGCAACCCCAAUGACAGGCCACGGUUCUCGGAGCUGGUGAAGCGGCUGGGUGACCUGCUGCAGGCCAGUGUGCAACAGGAAGGCAAGGACUACAUCCCACUCAACACCAUCUUUGCAACUGAAAGUGGGUUUCCCCCAGUGUCUGAUCCUUUGUGCAAUGAGAAGUUUCCUGCUCCAAGCCCAAACUGCAGAAGCACAGAAAGAGUCAGAUACAUAAAUACUUUCAAAAUAAAGCCACCCCAGCACAUAAAGACAUUUGAAGAGCUCCCCAUCAAGAAAACACUCAUAUUUAACGACUACCAAGCAGACAGUGGGAUGGUGCUGGCCUCAGAAGAACUGAAACGCUUUACGUGGACAGGCAGCAAGCAAAAGUGGACACUCUUUGGCAUGAAAAGUGUCAGUAGGAGUAAGGAGUCGGGGCUUUCUGGAUUAACAAAGCCAAGAAGCUUCUGCAGUUUCAGUUGUGACCAACUCAGCGACUCCAAGCGAAGAUACACUUAUGGGAACACAGUGCUGGAGAAAAUGAAAGCGUGCCACUCUCCCCCUCCUGACUACAGCUCAGUGGUCCAUUACUCUCAGCCGUCCAUUUAAGUAUUUAUGGGCUAAGACUUACAUAGCUUGCUCUGAAAGUAAUGCCUCCUUUUUGUGGUUUUUUGUUUGUUUGUUUGUUUGUUUGUUUUCUCUCCCAUGGAAAUUAUAGCAGAUACAAGAACAGCAGUAUUUGAUACAGCAAAUUCCCAGCUACAAAAUGUUAUUUUUCAAUACAGUCGUCACCAUUAGUUGAUUCAUGUGGAUGAGUUGACUGAGACACUCUUCAUUUUGUGGUGUGACAGCUGUGCACAGCCAUCUGGAUGAUGCCUUGUCUUUCACGUCUUUGUCACCACUGCCAAAAGGCAUCAGCCGCCUCCUCACUGUGCUCACAUCCACUGUUUGGUCUCCAUAAAUGUUCAGCAAGCUUCUAUGAAUGUCAGUGGGUGCCAUCUUUUCUGCAUGGAGGAAAUCAAUGACACACCUUUGCUUUAAACAUGCUUUCAUGUCAGAUGCCAUUCUGUCAGACUGCAUCUCUGCUGCCAUCUGUCACACCACAAUACACAUCAGAACAUUGCUGGGAAGGUUCAACCUCUACUGCCAUACCACCAACAACCACCUCUGAUGUCAUGGACCAGCAUGAUAAAAUAGGAGGCAUUACUUUUAGAGCAGUCCUCAUAAUAUGCAUUUUUUUCAAAGAUUUCUCUAAAAUAACGUCAGUUUAAACAUGUUGACCCAAGUAAUUUUAAUUAUGCUGAAAUUUAAGAGGAUAUCAUUGACAAUCUAAGUGAUCUUUGUUGCUACAGACCGCUGUAUACACGUACAAAACAUAGCAAAAUACUAACGCUUAGGCCUUGAUUUUCCUAAUGCUGAACAGCAAUAGCUGUAAUAACUUUCCCAGUGCUUCUGACAACCAGAACAGUCAUCAUUACAAACAAAACAAGUUCAUGGUUUGCUCCCUUGGCAGCAGAAAGGCACACAAUGCUGCCUUUCUUUAAUCCUGCCUCCAGUUGGGAGAGGCAGUUGGGACGAGCCUGUAGCAUAAAGCAUCUUGGAAUUUGCACCCUAUUGCUUGGGUCUAUAAUAAGGCUACCUGGGUAUUGCUGAAAAAUGAAGGAUGCUCAGAGAAGAGAGAAACAAGAAGUAGAUCGCACACUAUGGUUUUCAGUGGAGAUUCUACUUUGAGAUCCUUUGGGGAAGGCUAUUGCUCUGAAUGAGCCGGAUUGGGAUGAGACACCACACGUCUCACUGCUCUGGAGGACAAAAAGAGGGAGGGGAAUCUUGCAAAGCAAGAAUUUCAAAACACAGUUUGCAAGGAUACAAAAGACCUAAUUAAGAUCAGAGCCAGUGUUACGAUAAGAGGGAACACAGAUCAACUCAGUUUGGUCAACCCUACUGGAACCGGGUAGAUAUUCCUCAAGUUUUGCACUUUGUCAAUAUGCCAACAUAAAUACACUGGAAACAACCAACAUGAUACGCUAAAGCUAAGCUCUGUCUGUGAAAUCUAGUGGGCUUCCUAACACUGCACUGAGUAUGUUUUGUUUAUGGGAAUCUGUCUGAAAAGACACUAUGGCUACUAAACUGCAUUUACUUUAAGCAAAGUACUAAUUUCUAGAGAGUGUCUAGAGUGCAAUGGGGUUAUUUAGAAGUGGCGUGGCAAUCUGAAAAGUUAGGGCAGCUUUUUUUUUGUAAUGCAAGCAGUUGAAUUUCUAGGUUAGUUCAUAGUAUAUAUGUACAGGAAUAAAAAUGCAUCGCUGAUUUAUAAGGCUUUUGUAUACCAUCUCAGAAAGGACGUGAAUGUUCCCUGUUAAAGGCGUGUAGAGAUGCACUACCCCCCUUUCAUCUUUGAAUUCAAUAUGAACAAGGAUUUGGCCACUUAACAGCACUGAAACAUUGAAAAUAUUACAUAGGAUUCUGAUCUCUUGAGUCAGCAUAGGAGCUGUGACCUCAACCCAUUAACAGACCUAAAGGCAAAUGAUCUUUUGUAUAUUUACGAAGGAAAAUGAUCUCAUGUAUGCAAGUAAAAGAAGUAUGUACUGCUACUUCUAAACUGAGUAUCAGUUCCACUUCCUCCUCCCCAAAAAAUCACCAGUUUUAAAUACAAACUAUUGCACCACCUCUUUCUGGUAAAAAUAAAAGCCAAAAACAUUCAGAGAACAAUUUCUUAAGUCCAGUUCAGCAAAAAAUCAAAUUAUGGGAUAAUGCAUCUCUGAAGCGUUUGCACAAUGUAAAUAUAUAAAUAUGCUUUUGGUGCAUAAAUAUUUAAGAAAACGGAACUACAAAGAUGACUUUUAUAUGAAUCCCCUAAGUUUCUGUGAUGUGAAUAACUCUUACUUUAUCUCACAUUUUCUGUCUUCGUAUAAAUCACUAAAAUCAUACAAUAAAGUUUGCUUUUUGGAAGAAUCUCCCAAA